UCCAUAAGCCGGAACAACGUGAAGAACCAUAUCUGGACGACAGAUAAGAUUGCCAUUGGAUUAAUAGCAAACGCUGUUCACACAUCCCAAACGGUGUCAGUUGUCUAAGAUUAUUACAUUUGCAUUAUGGAUGUUAUGUGGUAGUUAAUAAGUACUAAAAUAGCCAUAUGAAAACGAUGAUUGUAAAGUUACUUAUAGUGUUAGCGUCCGUGCUAACUGUUUGUCAUGGAAUUGAACUUAGAGGUACCCAAAACCCGAUGUCAUACGCAAGGUUCCCCAAAUGGAACGCCUGUGUCAAUGCCUCGAUUAGUUUUGAUUUCAAAACAACACGUUCAGCUGUUUUGUUAAUGUACACGGAUGACGGUGGGAGGAAUGACUUCUUCCAAGUAAAUCUAACCCCAGAAGGGGCAGUUCGAGUGUUAUUGAACAUUGUUGAUGGUUUCGAAGGACACAUUCACCUCCAGCUCGGGUCAUUCCUGAAUGACGGUCAAUGGCAUACUGUGAAAAUCCAGCGGAAUCGCAUGGAAACUGAGCUGCAGGUGGAUGGCCAAACGACGCAAAAGACAGCAUUUGGUUCUGACUUUUACUUCGGUGACAUCAAGACAAAUGCCGAUGUCUACUUCGGGGGUAUUCCUCCCAUAGACCUCUACAAACUGGCAGUUCCUACUAUCCGAUAUACUGCCCAGGCCUUCAAGGGAUCGAUGAGGAACAUUAUCUACCAGAACUGCACGUUUAUUCCUAUUAGGGCACAUUAUAUAGAUUAUGUCAACGCGUCUCCUGAACCAGCAGAAGCAUGUGAGGAUGACAGGAGAAACCCGUGCAGUGAUGGCUGUAUAUGUAUAAGCACAGAUGACGGGCCUGCGUGUAGGUGCUCCGAAUUACCUAAAGCGAAAG